CCUAAUGGAUUUGCUUGCCCAUAGUGUUGCUUGGCUUCUAGUCUUCGUGUUACUCUCCACACUAAGGAAAAAGUCUCAACGUAGUUCCAAUAACAAUGGACAACUGCCGCCCGAAGUUCCCGGCGCCUGGCCGAUUAUCGGCCACAUGCACUUAUUACUCGCCGAUCAAAUUCCGCUUCAACGGAUCUUAGCCGCCAUCGCCGACAAGCUCGGCCCGAUCUUCACUCUCCGGCUUGGCAUGCACCGCACCGUCGUCAUCACCGACCGAAAAGCUCUCCGAGAUUGCUUCACCACCUACGACAAGGCGCUCGCCGGCCGACCGGAGUCAAGCGCCGGCGAGAUCCUAGGUUACAACAACGCAGGUUUCGGUUUCGUCAGUUACGGACCGUACUGGCGCAGAAUCCGGAAAAUUGUCCUGUCGGAAUUGCUGUCUUGCCGGAGACUGGAAAAAUUCGGCGAUGCACGCGCCGCCGAGGUUGAAGCGAGUAUCGGAGAAUUAUACUCCACCGUUACCGGAGAAGGAAGGCGUAACCGCCGUAACAAUUCUCCGGUAAUGAUAAACGUCGGUAACUGGAUAGAAAAAUUGGCGCUAAACUUAAUGGUGAAGAUGAUUGCCGGCAAGCGAUACAGGACGACGGACGAUUGGGAAGACGAUGAUGAUGAGGCAAAACGUUCGAGAAAAGCGAUCGUAGAAUUUUUAACCUCGUCGGGACAAUCUGUUGUGUCGGACGUGAUUCCGAUUCCGUUGCUGAGAUGGAUAGAUAUUGGAGGAUCGAUUAAGUCGAUGAAGCGGAUAGCGGCGGAGAUGGACGCCAUUAUUAGUGGUUGGAUAGAUGAACAUGCCGAGAGAAUAUCCAUAUCGGAGAGUGACCGCGACUUCAUCGACGUUUUGCUUUCUUCGGUCACAGACGAUUUAUUAGAAUAUGGACAUGCCAAGGAUACAAUAAUCAAGGCUACUAUAGCGACAAUAAUAGUAGCCGGAUCAGAUUCCCCAUCACUCACCUUAACAUGGGCACUCUCGUUGUUGAUCAACAACAAGGAUGCACUAGAGCGUGCCCGGGAGGAGAUAGACACCAUCGUCGGCGUCGAGAGAUGGGUACAAGAAUCCGACAUUAAGAAUCUAAUAUACCUACAAGCCAUCAUAAAAGAAACGCUGCGGCUCUACCCGCCGGCGCCGCUCGCGGUGCCGCACGCCGCCACGGAGGACUGCGCCGCCGUCGCCGGCUAUCGUAUACACAAAGGCACGCGCGUGAUCCUCAACCUAUGGAAGCUGCACAGAGACCCUGAGGUGUGGGCGGGCGCCGAGGAAUUCCGGCCCGACAGGUUCUUGCCGGGCGGCGGCGCGUCCGAGGUUGAUUUCCUCGGCCAACAUUUCGAGUAUAUCCCGUUCGGAUCGGGGCGCCGGAUUUGCCCCGGGAUUGGUUUUGCAACGCAAGUGUGUCACCUCGUGCUUGGAAGGUUGAUUCAAGGGUUUGAGUUUGGUGCGCCGCCGUGCGCGGCGGUGGACAUGGCGGAAGGCGUGAGCUUUAGCCUCCCCAGGGCUAAACCAUUGGAAGUGCUAGUGGCGCCUCGUCUUGCUUCUGCGCUUUAUGAACAAAAACGGAUUGCUUCUUGAUAACCAAGGUACUUGUUGCUUUUAUUAUGGAGAGUUCGUAGAAUUAAUCGGUCCAACACUAGUGUAAAGUAGGUGUGAAUGUGUGAUAAGUAAAAUUUUGUGUAAAUAUUAAAAUAACAAUUAUGUUAAAGUUAUUUACUAAAUUUUUUGAGUGACGAGGAAAAUUUGCG